AGACAGAUGAAACCUCUAUCCUCCUCUGAUCAAGAUGACAAAGGCAAAGCACACAACAGGGAAAGGAGAUCAACCUCCAAGUGCUCAGUCUCUUCGGUCUCUUCUACAUCACCAGCUAGGUCACAAAGCCCGAAGAUGAUUUCUCUUGGAGGUCUUGCUCUGCAAGAGUGUUUGAAUCUAAAAGAAGAAAACAAAAAAAAAAAGGAGAUUAUGAAAGCUAUAGAAACGCCAGAGGAAAAAAGAGCCAGACGUUUAGCCAAAAAAGAAGCCAAAGAAAGAAAGAAGCGGGAGAACAUGGGCUGGGGAAAAGAGUACAUGGGGUACACCAAUACAGAUAACCCAUUUGGAGAUAACAACUUACUGGGCACUUUUACCUGGAGCAAGGCGCUGGAAAAAAAAGGAAUUGGUCAUCUCACAGAGAAAGAUUUGAAAGAGAGGAACAAGCGGAUCCAAGAAGACAAUCGCUUAGAAUUGCAGAAAGUGAAACAGCUACGUUUAGAACGUGAACGAGAAAAAGCUAUGAGAGAGCAGGAGCUGGAGAUGCUACAGCGAGAAAAAGAAGCUGAGCACUUUAAGACUUGGGAGGAACAGGAAGACAAUUUUCAUCUUCAACAAGCAAAACUCAGAUCCAAAAUACGCAUUAGGGAUGGCCGUGCUAAGCCUAUUGAUCUUCUGGCAAAAUACGUAAGUGCAGAGGAUGAUGACUUAGCUGUUGAGAUGCAUGAGCCAUACACUUUCUUGACUGGACUUACUGUGUCUGAUCUUGAAGAUUUACUGGAAGAUAUCCAAAUCUACAUGGAGCUGGAACAGGGAAAAAAUGUGGAUUUUUGGAGAGAUAUGACAAUUAUUACAGAAGAUGAAAUCUCUAAACUACGAAAGCUGGAAUCUUUUGGGAAAGGCCCAGGAGAGAGGCGAGAAGGCGUGAAUGCCUCUGUCUGCACAGAUGUACAGGCUGUGUUUAAAGGGAAGACCUACAGCCAGCUGCAGGUCAUUUCUCAAGGAAUUGAGAGCAAAAUAAGGGCAGGAGGACCAAACCUGGAUAUUGGAUAUUGGGAAAGUCUCUUGCAACAGCUCCGUGCUUACAUGGCAAGAGCCAGGCUUCGAGAGAGGCACCAGGAUAUUCUGCGCCAGAAACUGUUCAAGCUCAAGCAAGAGCAGGGUGUUGAAAGCGAGCCUCUGUUCCCCAUUGUAAAACAAGAGUCCUAUUCUCCUAGUGAAAGGUCAGCUAAAGAUGAGUCUGUGUCAGAGCAGCCUGGCUCAUCUUCUGAUGUUUUGGUACCUGAAAAAUCUGGAAAUGUACCAGAAGGGGAGGGGAAAGAUGAAUGUGGGGAGUCUGUCCUUAUAGAAGAAGAUCUCAUACAGCAGAGCCUCAGUGAUUAUGAUGCUGGCAGGUACAGUCCAAAGCUAUUAACCAACCAGGAGCUGCCUUUUGAUGCACAUAUAGUGGACUUUGAGGAAGACCAACAGAGACUAGUACUGUGCAGACAGCAGCUGCAGGUGACAGGUGAUGCCAGUGAGAGUGCUGAAGACAUCUUUAUUCGAAAGGCAAAAGAAGGAAUGGAUGGUGAUGAGGCUCAGUUCAGUGUGGAAAUUCCAGUUACAAGCAAAGCCUAUCUAUGGGCAGACAAAUACAGGCCUCGUAAACCUCGAUUUUUUAAUCGAGUACACACUGGCUUUGAGUGGAAUAAAUACAACCAGACCCACUACGAUUUUGACAAUCCCCCACCAAAGAUUGUGCAGGGCUACAAGUUUAAUAUUUUUUAUCCAGAUCUGAUUGAUAAAAGGUCCACUCCUGAAUAUUUCCUUGAGGCUUGCCAAGAAAAUAAAGACUUUGCAAUUCUAAGGUUUCAUGCAGGGCCUCCUUAUGAGGACAUCGCAUUCAAAAUAGUAAAUCGUGAGUGGGAGUAUUCUCAUCGACAUGGUUUUCGCUGUCAGUUCUCAAAUGGUAUUUUUCAAUUGUGGUUCCACUUCAAGAGAUAUCGAUACAGAAGAUAGGUGUGUAGUCACUUGGAAAUAUGUUUUUGGACCGUUUGUUUAUACUAAGAAAAGUUUAGGACUAAUUCUUUUUUUGAGGGUGUGCCCAGUGUUUGUAUAUUUAGCUCACAUUAUACUGUAUAGUAUUCGAUUUGUAUGAGUUAGAAUGCUGUUUUUAGAAUUAAUUAAAAUUUUUCAUAAAAAAAUAGAUUCUUUAUUUGGCUUGCC